CGCAAAGCCUGCUGGGGCAUGGAGUCCGGUGAGCUCUGUGCGCAUGUGCGGGAAGGUGAGGGGCUUGGGGGGCCUCGCCGGGAGUGAGGAAUGAGAGGGAUCAGUGCUCCUCAAGGAAAGACACGAGUUCCCUUCCCCUGCCCACCACAAGACGCAGGGCAGCCUCUGCAGCUGGACAUGGCCUGAGCAGCCCCGGUGCUGUACCUCCCCUUAGACUCCAGCCUUAGAACUGUUGGAGAAGCUUGGAGGAGACUGAGUUACAGCAGUACCCAGGGCUGCCCCCAGGGAGGGGCAGGGCCAGGUCCAGGAUUUGAGUCCAUCUGUUUCCAGGAGGAGUCACAAUCACCCUUUCUUCAGCACAGCACCUCACAGGGACCUCGACUGACCUGUCCUACCCGUGGCCAGGAGAGACAGGUGCUGCCACCCCCAACCCAGAAGGCCCCAUGGAGGUCCCUGUGCCCCAGCACCUGCCAGUGAAGCAGGAGGGCGGGGUGGCCGAGGCCCUGACCCUGGACUCCCCGUGGCAUCGCUUCCGCCACUUCCACCUGGGCGAUGCGCCAGGGCCACGAGAGGCACUGGGGCUGCUCCGUGCCCUGUGCCGGGACUGGCUGCAGCCAGAGGUGCACACCAAGGAGCAGAUGCUGGAGCUGCUGGUGCUAGAGCAGUUCCUGAGUGCCCUCCCCGCGGACACCCAGGCCUGGGUGUGCAGUCGAAGGCCCCAGAGUGGGGAGGAGGCCGUGGCCCUGCUGGAGGAGCUCUGGGGACCAGCCACCUCCCCAAAUCAUUCAACAGCAGUGAGGGUAUCUCAGGACACGGCAGAAGGCUCCGGGGUCAGUGUCGGAAAGGAAGAUAGAGGGAUGGUGCCUUUAGCAGGAGAUGCAGUGCCUGGGACUGAGGUGCCGCCAGCAGCAGGGGACACCCGGGCCGUGCGCCCCUACAAGCAGGAGCCGGGCAGCCCACCGCCAGCACCUCCAGCGCCCGGCCUACCUGUCUUCUUGGCAGCCCCAGGCGCCGCGUCCUGCCCGGAGUGCGGCAAGACGCCCCUGAAGCCGGCCCACCUGCAGCGCCACCGGCAGAGCCACUCCAGUGAGAAGCCGCACGCCUGUCCCGAGUGYGGCAAGGCCUUCCGGCGCAAGGAGCACCUGCGGCGACAUCGCGGCACGCACCCUGGCGGCCCGGGCCCGGCCCUGCGCCCACUGCCCGCGCGAGAGAAGCCACACGCAUGCUGCGAGUGCGGCAAGACCUUCUACUGGCGUGAGCACCUCGUGCGCCACCGCAAGACGCACUCGGGCGCGCGGCCCUUUGCCUGCUGGGAGUGUGGCAAGGGCUUCGGGCGCCGGGAGCACGUAUUGCGCCACCAGCGCAUCCACGGCCGAGCGGCAGCUAGCGCACAGGGGACCGCCACGCCGGUCCCUGAGGGCGGCGGCUCAUUCCCACCCUGGCCCCUUGGGUAGCUAGCUCACCGCCCUCACACUGCCCACGGCCCGCCUUUCCUUUCCCACUCUUCCUUUCCAGAUGCCACUUUCCAGUUGAGCCUCACUGUUGCCUCCUUUCCUCCCUUGGCAAGCCCUCAGCCUCUUCUACCCGUGUGUAAAGGGCCUCGCUUCUUCUCUCGUAGCCCUCCUCUGUUUCCUCCCCCCCCCCACCCUUUCCCUGCGUCAAGCAGAGUCAGGACCCCAGUCGCUAGAGAAGAGCCUGGGCAAGGAGUAGUGGCAGGGCUCCUGGGGUGAAGGAGACCCUGAGGAAAGGACUGGGUCUUGUCCCCAGGCCAGAUGGAGGCAGGAAAGGGAGGGGCGAAGGUUCUGACCAGCUAGACCCAGCAGCCAGGUGGGGCACCUUGGUCUGGUGCACCUCUCUGCGACCCAGGGACACAGGUGAAUGGGUGCCUGCUCCUGGGAAGGUGGUCGGAGACCACAGUUCACCAGCAUCGGAGACUACUAAUAAAGUUGCUGACUCAGUGUGUGGCCUGCUGUCCCAGGCUGUCACUAUGCCUACAGCCCUCCAGAACUGAACCUUUGGGCCCACCUCAGACCCUCCUGAAGUCUGGGCUCAGCUCUGGGAGCAGGGGUGGGGCUGCCCCAUGCUUAUCCUACAAAGACAGGGAGGAGGUUCAGAGAAGGGGCCCUGCCCAUCUCCAGCUCAGUUCUGGACCCCACACUUCCUGGCUGUGCAGCUUCAGGCAAGACGUUGAGCAGCAGCUUCCAAUCUGAURUAAUAUCCACAGUGGUGCCUUGCUGAGGCUGCUGCUUUAGCCAUGCCAUCCUGGGACAUUCAGGGACCCCAGGUAUCAGUAUUAGUAGGUGUCUUGUGCGGUGUGUUUGGCCAAGAGGGAGUCUCCAGUCCUGGAGGCAGGCCAUGAGCCUGCAGCCUGGCUCUGGGAAGGGGCGCUGUCUGCUGUCCAGUGCACAGGCUCUGGCAAGACCCUGCUGGGUGCCUACACUCCCAGAGCUCGGCACUGCACUGUCCUGUAGCUUAGCAGGGAAACCUCAGUGGAGGGAGUGGGCAACCCUGGCCCCACAGUUCAGUCCUGGCAGGUUAGCAGGAAAGCAUAUGAGGUGAAGAAUGCAGACCCAAAUGGCCAAAACUAGGUUUCCUCCGAGGUAAGACAGGAAGCCUAAAACAAGUGCUGUCCACAUGGGCAACAGGAAGCUUUAAGGGGCACUACAUGUGGGGCAUAGGUUGAAGCAGACAGAACAAUCUGGAAUAUAGGACUGUGGGAGGGACAGACAAGGUAGGGCCUGAAGAUAGCAGGAAACAGUUUUAUUUGGCAGCAGCCAGGCUCAGAGGGCACAGCUUUUGUUGUAAUCAAU